UCUUUGCAGAGUGAAAGCUGCUGGAGUUCUGAAGUUGCCCUUCUCCUCUAGAAGAGAUGAUUUCCAGAAAAGUGCUGGUGGGGUCUCUUCUCUGCCUGGGUGCCAUUGCUGUGGCUAUCUGGUAAGAAUUUGUUGCACAGCUGGUGCACCACCUGCCCUACUACCUUCCCUGCCCGGAAAUCUUCUCCAUGAAACUCCAAUACACUGAAGAGAAGCUAAUCCAGCUUUUCCCCCAAUUAUUUUAUCAGCAGCCAAGAGUGCUGGUGCCAAAGUGCCAGGAUGUGCUGGCAGUGACACCAUGGCUGGCCCCCAUCGUCUGGGAAGGGACCUUCGACCCCAAGAUCUACAGACCCCUGAACCUCACCAUAGGGCCUUUGCUGUUGGCAAGCAAGGGAAGCACCCAGUGGGUUCGUGAGUCAGCAGAGCAGCACUUCGUGCAGGGCUAGCAGGUGAACUGUGACACCUUUACAGACAGCCCUGGGAGCAUUCCCCCAGCCCAGCAGCAGCCAGGGCACAGGCUGCUCACCGUGCCCACGUUCUCCAGCUGGCAGGAGAUCCCCACGCGCAGGACGGAGCCCGUCAGCCGCCACGUGGCACAGCUGAUCCACGGGGAGAUGCACCACCUCUGCUGCCUGGACAUUGGCGUGGUGUUCCACAGCCCCUGGGGGACACGCUACCCUGGCUACUGCACAGUGCCACGAGAGCAGCUCCCCGGUGAGAGGAGGAGCUCCUCUGCAGCCCUCAUCCCCGAGGGAGAAGGGGAUUUCUGCUACGGAGGGGCCGCGUCUGGAGGCUCGGUCAGCAAAGUCUGUGAGCUCACCAAGACCUGCCGCGUGGCCGACGAGGCCAACGGGAUCAUGGCAGCCUGGCCGGGGGAGAGUCACCUCAACAGGCACUUCCUGACCCACAAACCCUCCAAGCUGCUUUCUCCAGAGUGUAUUUGGGAUGACAGGAAGCCAAAGCCCCCCGAAAUCCGCCUCGUACGUUUUUCCACAGUGGGUAAGAACUACAAAGAGAUCCGAAAUUGAUCAUCUGAUCCCUGCAGAGAGACCCUCCAUGCAAGCAAACCCACCAAAAUUAGUUCCUGCAGAAUGUGCCCCACCAUGAAUUUUGGGAAGGAACUGGGAAGGGGAUGUGGAGAACAGAGUCUAAAUGUAUUUCAGAAGCAGCAGUCAAAGUGCAGGUGAGACUGAAAAGGAUUCUGGAUUCCCACUCUUUGUAAAUACAUCCUGCACACAAAAGAGCAUCCUAAAGGCCAGUUAUACAAUGCAUGGCUGUAGUUGCCUUUGCCUGAGUGUUUUCCCAAG